GGCACCGCGCUCGGGGGCGGGUCUACAGGGGGAGGAGGACGCGCGCCCUGCGGCCCUGCCUAAAGGCGACGCGCCGCAGCUGCAGCUGCUGCCGCAGCCACCGUCACCACUCCCAGAUUCUGGAGGGGAGGAUGGAGUCGGUGACCGUCGCUACCGACGGUGGGGACAGGUCCGGGGUCCCAGCAGGCUCAGGCUUGUCAGCUUCCCAGCGUCGAGCCGAACUGCGGCGGAGAAAGCUGCUCAUGAACUCGGAACAGCGCAUCAACCGGAUCAUGGGCUUUCACAGGCCCGCGGGCGCGGAAGAAGAAAGUCAAACAAAAUCAAAGCAACAGGACAGUGAUAAACUGAACUCCCUCAGCAUUCCUUCAGUCUCAAAGCGAGUAGUGCUGGGUGAUUCUGUCAGUACUGGAACAACUGACCAGCAGGGUGGUGUGGCUGAGGUAAAGGGGACCCAACUGGGAGACAAAUUGGACACUUUGAUUAAAUCAUCUGAGUGCAGUAAUGAUGUCAACCUUGAGCUCCGGCAGCGGAACAGAGGGGACCUGACAACAGACACUGUCCAGAGAAGUUCUCGCCAUGGUCUAGAACAGUACCUUUCCAGAUUUGAAGAAGCAAUGAAGCUAAGGAAACAGCUGAUUAGUGAAAAACCCAGUCAAGAGGAUGGAAGUUCAACAGAAGAGUUUGAUUCCUUUCGAAUAUUUAGAUUGGUGGGAUGUGCUCUUCUUGCUCUUGGAGUCAGAGCUUUUGUUUGCAAAUACUUGUCCAUAUUUGCUCCAUUUCUUACUUUACAACUUGCGUACAUGGGACUAUACAAAUAUUUUCCUAAGGGUGAAAAGAAAGUAAAGACAACAGUACUAACAGCUGCACUUCUGUUAUCUGGAAUUCCUGCUGAAGUAAUAAAUCGAUCAAUGGAUACCUAUAGCAAAAUGGGCGAAGUCUUCACGGAUCUCUGUGUCUACUUUUUCACUUUUAUCUUUUGUCAUGAACUGCUUAAUUAUUGGGGUUCUGAGGUACCAUGAAGUCUGCACAACUCAGAAGCAGCAGCUUACAAAAAAAAUUCUUUUCUAUAUUGCAGUGUGUUUAAAGGAAGCAAACUGGUUUACAUCUUUUAUAAUUCUUUUCCUUUAUAGGGCUUGUAAAAUCCCCUUUAUUAGGAAUGGAAUGGCAGUUUCCCUGAUUUGAAAAGGUUGAGUUUGUUUUAGUACUGAUAUGAAGAAUAGAGUACCAGUGUCAUUAAUUUUGAUUUUCUUGUUUGAUUAGAAUCCCUAUUCUAUACUUUUCCCCUCACUUAUUAAAUUUGUAAUUCCUCAUUUAAGGGCUGAGCUAGUACUUAAGAGAGCAGAUACAUAUGGACUUAGCCAGCCCUAAGGACUGCUGCUUGUAUUUGUGUCACUUUGUCCUGAGAAAUGAAGUCAUCUUAAAAAUAAAAUGAAAGAAACUGAA